GUGUGGUUUCUGCACCUAGUUCCCUUUUUGACUGCUCAGAGACAUUUGGGAAUGGCAUUACUGAAGUGUCGAGCAAAUACGUCUGUAGCAGUCCAGUAAAUUGGUCUACUCUUUGGAAGAUGGUCAAAAAGAAAAGUGUUUUUCCCCUCCUGAAGUGUUUUUCCGUCCCUGGUAUUUCUCACUGAGUCGAACAAAAAAAAAAAGAGAGGAAAAAAACUACAACAUGAGAGACACAGGAGAAGGAGGAGGAGGCGGCGGAGACACAGAUGGUAACGUUAAAUCUGAGAAGGACCAGAGCUGGAUCCCCAAAAUCAUCAAGAAAAGAGUGUGCACCACCUUUGUAGAAGAUUCUUUCAGUAAUGGCGCACUGUGCCAGUGUGGGGGUGCAAGAGAUACCCAUGCCUCUGUGGCCCUCGGUGACUAUUUCAGCACGGCAAUUGUCAACCACUGGGACAGCGCCCAGCACUCUUCUGAAUACCCGACUGAUGCCUUCGGAGAGUUGCAGUUCGCAGGAGCCAGCAAGAGGCAUAGCUAUUUCCUGCGUCUGUCAUGGGACACACCCCCGUCUAUGGUCUACACCCUGAUGACGGCCCAUUGGGGCCUGCCUGCGCCUAACCUGGUGGUGUCUGUUGUUGGUGGAGAAGGCAGGACAAAGGUGAAGACCUGGGUGCGAGAGGUCCUCAGGCAGGGUCUGGUGAAAGCCUCACAAAGCACAGGAGCGUGGAUCCUGACAGCUGGCCUGCGUGAAGGCGUAGGAAGGUGUGUUGGAGAGGCGGUGAGGGAUCACGCCACCGCGGCCUCCUCGGUCUCCCUCAACAAGGUGGUGGCGCUGGGCAUCGCUCCCUGGGGCCUCGUGCACAACAGACAGCAGCUGGUCAACCCUCAGGGCAGUUUCCCCGCUAAGUAUUAUGUCCAGAACACGUCCCGGGACUCCUGCUGCCUGGACAACAACUACCAGGCCUUCCUGCUGGUGGAUGAUGGGAGUGUGGGACGCAGAGGCGGAGCGACAGGCUUCAGGGCCAAACUGGAAGACUACAUCUCCCACCAGCGCACAGGCAUCUGGGGUAGUGGCAGCAUUGACAUCCCCGUCAUUUGUAUGUUGGUUUCAGGGGAGGCAAGCAUGCUGGAGAGAGUGGAUCUUUCUCUGAAAACCUCUAUGCCCUGGUUGGUGUUGGCUGGCUCAGGAGGCAUGGCUGACUUCUUGAGUGACCUCUUGGAGAACCUGUCAUCGGCCCCAGUAGUCCAGUCCUCCAGCGAGGGUGACGGUGAGGCAGUUCCCAGUGUCGAUCUGAAAGACAGAGUGGCAGAACGGGUUAAGAAGUACUUUCCUGCUGAAGUGGAGACAGACAAACUUGUUGAACGGGCUCUGAGCAUCUACCAGAACAGAGACUUCAUUACAAUCUACCAUGGAGAGCAGGAGGGUCCGAAUGACUUUGAUACAGUUCUGCUCAAAGCUUUGGUGGGAGCUAGUAAGCAGCGUGCGUCAGUGGAUGCCAGCCCUUACAAUGAAGAGCUGAAGCUGGCGGUCACCUGGAACAGGGUCGACAUUGCCAAGAGUGAACUCUUUAAUGGAGACAUCCAAUGGAGGUAUGAAGACUUGGAAGACUCCAUGACAGACGCCCUGAUCAACGACAAGCCGCAGUUUGUGCGCCUCUUCAUUGAAAAUGGCCUGAACAUCCUGGACUACCUAACUUACAGCCGGCUUGAGAGUCUCUACCGCUCAGUGGCUGAUGGGACUCUUCUCUACUAUUUACUUCAGCGUCGCCUUGUGGAGCGACUUGGAACUACGGCCUCUGUGCCAACACGAUCUAACCUGCAGGACUCUUCCUCCAAAGUAACAGCUGAGAACAUACAGAGUGGGCCAGUGACAGAGAUCAGCCUUUUUGAGGUGUCAGGGGUCUUGGAACUGUUAAUGGGCGACAUCUGCCAACCAUUUUACUAUGAUGCUUUGGGCUUACAACAGAUAUCGUCCAAGAGGAGGGCACUUAGGAGCGCCAGCAAGCUGCUGCGUGGAGACUGCUUGUAUCGGGAGAAACGCUGCCUCUUUCCCUGGGCUUCGCUCUUCAUCUGGGCCGUCCUCCAGAACCGCAGCGAGAUGGCCACUUUCUUCUGGGAGAUGGCAGGGGAGUCAGUGCUGAGUGCUCUGAGUGGCUGUAAGAUGCUUAGGGAACUGUCCAAACUGGAGGUUGAGACUGAAACCAAACUCUCCAUGAAAGAGCUGGCCCAGAGGUUUGAGAACCUGGCACAUGAUGUCUUCAGCUCUUGCUAUCGGAGCAACGAGAGUCGCUCUUUCACCCUACUGAUAAGGAAAUCUCCAGUAUGGGGUGGCACCACCUGUCUCCAGAUGGGCAUGGGCGCUGACGCACGACUUUUCUUCAGCCAUGACGGAGUACAGUCUCUGUUGUCCCAGAUCUGGUGGGGUGACAUGAAGAGGAACACAGAGGUGUGGAAGCUCCUGCUCACCUUCUUCUGCCCCGUCCUCUGCUAUACCAACCUCAUCUCCUUCAGAAAACAAGAUGACCAGCAGCAAGAGGAACAGGCGAAGCCUAAUGAGGAUGGACUGGGCAGAGACAGCGACAGCCUCUACGGCACCACCAUCUUCUCUUUCUCAGACAUCAAGCACAUUGAAGCGGAUGCACAAGGAGCGAAUACGCCCAGGACAGCUACCAUAAAAGGCAUACCCCACUCUCCCAGACCACCCAAGCGCCCAUUCAUAGUGUCAAGGUGGCGUCAGUUCUGGUUUGCGCCCGUUACCUCAUUUAUGGGCAAUGUCCUCAUGUACUUCCUCUUCCUCCUGCUUUUUGCCUAUGUGCUGCUGGUGGAUUUCAUGCCUCCACCGCCCUCUGGUCCAGCCAUUACGGAGUAUGUGCUGUACUUCUGGGUGUUCACCAUUGUGUGUGAGGAGAUCCGUGAAACGUUCUUUUUGGGGACAAUGACUUGGCGUCAGAGGGUCAGAGUGUACAUUCAGGAUGUGUGGAACAAGUGUGACCUCAUUGCCAUCAUUCUGUUCAUCAUAGGACUAGUCUGCAGGAUGUUCAAAUGGUCAUAUGGAUUUGGACGAGAUGUCCUGUGUGUGGACUACAUGGUAUUCACCCUCCGUCUCAUUCACAUCUUUGCCAUUCACAAGCAGCUGGGACCAAAAAUCAUCAUUGUUGGCAAGAUGAUGAAGGAUGUCUUCUUCUUCCUCUUCUUCCUGGGGGUGUGGCUAAUGGCAUACGGAGUAGCCAACCAGGCUUUGCUUUACUCGUAUGACCCCCAACUUGAUCGCAUCUUCCGGCGGGUUUUCUACAGGCCAUACUUGCACAUCUUUGGACAGAUUCCUGUGGAAGAGAUAGAUGUGGGGAAGAAGUGGGACAUGGCGUGCACAAGCAACGAGACAUUGAUUCAGGGUGGUGCGGAGCCGUGCAGAACUCUGUAUAGUAACUGGCUGGUGGUAAUUCUGCUGGUCAUUUAUCUACUGGUCACCAACAUCCUGCUCAUCAAUCUUCUCAUCGCCAUGUUCAGCUACACCUUCUCUGAAGUGCAGGCAAACAGUGACAUCUACUGGAAGUUCCAGCGUUACACCCUCAUUGUUCAGUACCACUCCCGUCCCUCCCUGGCCCCACCUUUAAUCAUCUUCUCUCACAUCAACCUCUUCAUCAAGAGGACCAUCCGCAAAGUGCCCUCUGUCAAGAUCCACCACUUUGUGUUGCAGUUAAAAGGGAAAGCAGCUAACAGGCUAAUGACCUGGGAAACCAUUCAGAAAGAAGACUUCCUAACUGCUCAGAACAAGAUCCAGAAAAGCAGUGACUCAGAGAGGCUCAAACGGAUGUCUGUCAAAGUGGACGGUGUGGUUAAACAUCUGACUGAAACCAGAGACUUUGACCACAGACUGAGGGCUUUGGAGGCCGAGAUGGAGUAUUGCUCAAAUGCUCUCAGCUGGAUUGUGGAUACUUUGGCACAAGGCAGCACAUUCAAACCUCCUCGGCCACCACCAACACUAAGAGAUGCGUUCCCUUCUUCAUCCAACUCUGCCUGAUACAGCAUUGGUGAUGCCUUCACUUGCUCAGGGUCACUAAAAAACAAGAAUGAAGCGUUUUCACUUUGGCUGCUCCCACGCCUCCCAUCACUGGACUCAUUUACUAAAUAGUCUCAGAAAGAAAAGCAGCCAUUAGUUCUUGUUACAGUAUUGAGUAAAUGCAAAUGCUGAUAUUUUAAGUGUGCAAUCUUAUUCAAAAGCCAAAGACACAUAUAUGUAUUUAUGAUGUUGCACGAUAUAUAUUUUCUUUAUUUUACAGGCCAAUGGUAUGUCUUUAUUGCUGUAGUUUAGAGCUGACAGCUCUACGUUUUGUAUUUUUUCAGGUUUUUACUGAUAUAUGGAUACUAUAAUAUUGUUUACAGGGGUUACAUUCAGUGCACAUUUUGUGUCUAAAUGGUUAAAAGACUAAAUGUUAUAUCAUGUAUUUGGGUUUCUAUCAUUUUAAUCUAUUAAUUAAAUUAUAUAUACUAUAUAAUGACUGGAUUCCUGGUGUUGAUUCACAUCUUGAAUCACGAGUUUGCAUGUACAAUAAGAUAUAAUCAGUAUUCUCAGGUGUCAGUCCCUUUCUCUCUUUUAACAUACUUAAAAUACUGAAGGCAAGAAAGAAAUGAUGAAUGGAGCUGUGCUGUCAAGAGUAACAUUACCUAGAGAAAAAAGACACCAAAGUGUAAAGCAGGUGAUAACUUGAUUCAAAGACAUGAAAUAAAACUGAACAGUAAAUGUGACUAAAACAUGGGAAUGAGGGAGAGAGAAGGGGGUAUGGAGAGUGUGAAAGGUGUCCAAUGGUGCUGAGUUUCAGUAUGCCAAAGCUCUAUUGAAGGUCACAUAGUGGAGCAGAGCUAUUGAAGGAGCCUUUACUGUAAAUAGCCAGCUGGGGCCUCCUGUCAAUCGUACCCGCGGCUCACACUGAGAGAGGCGGUGUCAUCACUUUCUGUCUCACUGUCAUGUCCCUGCAUGACGGCUGCAUGUGAAAACAUGUAUCCAUGUGAGUCAGCAUGUGUGCCUCACUCUGUAUCUCAGUCAUUUUAAUGUAAUUUGUCCUAAUUUUACUGCAAUGCUGCUAAUCCUAACUGCAAACACCUCCUGCUCCCCACUUCAUAUUAAAAAUCCUGUAUCUGUACCUCAAAUGUAAAGUAUUUCUCAGGAAUGUCAGCUGCCCAAGUCUGCAUCUUAACACACUGCACAUGUGUAGACCGCCAUCAUCUCCAUUUCUGUCUAUUUACAUCCAUUCCAUACAUCAUUCUGACAUGUGCUCCUCUGCUUUGGGACUGGCAAGCCAAUAUAGUGAAGGAAACACUGUUGAGUCUGUGUCAGAGACAUGUUAAGCUUAACCCAGCAGUCAUUUUAUAAGCAGUAUGUUAAUGGGUGCAUUACCUUAAACUGCAAGGUGUUCAUAAUAUUUUGCAUUAUAAUAUUUACUUCCUGUGAGGCCUUUGUUCACAUGAGUCUGCAUUCAAAUGUGCAGUAGGAUUGUGGGCAUAUCCAGUCUUGAAGGCCAGGUAGAUUAAGAUGCAAAAAGUAUGUGGUUCUGCGAUAUGAUAUAUUCUCACAUUUUAUGUUUUUUUUUGGGUUGUUUUGUUUUAUUCCAUCAUUAUUAUUACUAUUAUUUAUAUAUUUUUUCCUCUUGUUUUUCUUUCUUAAGCUGUUCCAGAUGGUAUAUGAGGGUAGGCAACAAAGGUUAUAGGUUGUGAUUUUUGUAACUCUGUUUAAUGUUAAAUUGAAUUAAAUCAAAAAAGGAAAAAGAGAGAGCGAAACAAGGAAUGUGUCAUGCACUUGAUUACACUUCCAACAACUUUAGUUGGCUAAGAAUAAACAGCAAAAAUCAAAGUGUGGGAAUGUGUGGAUACCAUGUGCUUUUCUUUAUGUGUCUCAUUUAUAACCUCUUUGCUGUUGAGUUGUCAAUUAGAUUUUCUUUUUCAUGUGACUUAAGUUUUUAUUGGAUAAUUUCUUCUCUGUUCUUGGAUGGACAGACAUGUGACCACUUUGCAGUCGCAGUUACAUAAAUGUUUAUAAAACAAGUUCAAACAUACAAGUGUGGACAUAAAUGUUUAUAUAUGACAUGUACAUAUGUACCUGUUUACAACAAUAAUAUAUAAGGUGUAACAAGUUUGGCACUAUGACAAUAAAAUUUCACCUUUAACUUGAA